AUGUCGCUAUCUCCUUAUAUGAAUAGGUUGUCGGUUAUUUAUGGGUUGGGUUGGGUUAAGAUUGGGUUGAGUUGGGGCUUUGCUUGUGAAUGGCUGAUUGGGGUUGGUUGGGGCUUUGGAUUAGUCUUGGGCUCGGGGUACUGGCGGGGUUUACUUAAGGGCUGGAAAAUUAAGGUGGUUAGAAGUUGGUUUGGUCUUGGUUUCUCGGUUGGCUUGGGGUUGGUGUUGGUGUUGGGUAGAGUUAGUGGAUCUAGUCUGAAUACGAUGGGUGAGUGUCGAAAUAUUAGUGAUGUGUGUGUGAAUGCUCGAGCGGGAUUGCUGGAUGCAGAGUCUAUGUUUGAGGCUCUGUACAGUAUUGGAAUUGUAUGUGCUGGCUUUGAUUAUACUGUGCAGAUGACUUGUGCGACUCCUCAACAAGGUUUGGCGGCUGCUUCUGAUUCUAGUUUAGUAGAUACAGAUGAGACGUUGGUCAAUACGCCUAUUUAUGCGAUUGGGUACAUAGGUGCUUAUAUUCACUUUAUACUGCCGAAAUAUACACGUGCCCAAGCCCAGGAUGCUUUGGAGUUAUUAAGAACGAUUGUGGUUAUUAGAUGUUCUGCUUGUCGAGUUAUUUAUAGCUUGGGUAAUCCGGAUUGUUAUCAGCUGAACAUGCAAAUUCUAUCUCGAGUUGUUAACAUGUUUGAUUGCGAUAGAUUGAGGAUUUCUUUGGCUGAAGAUCAGCAGGGACUGGUAUACGGUCUUGGGUUAGAUGAAAAGAAGUGUAGGGAUGAAGCCCAGAAUACAGUUUUGCAUGCGAUUUACUCUUCCAAGUAUCAACUGGAGCUUAUAACUACUAAGUCAAUGACGCUUUGGGAAUUGGUAAAUAGUGGAAUUGCCUUUGCUCGGCCAUUUUCUUGUAUCAUCUUUCAAGAAUGGGAGUUUCAAGAUGCCCAUUUUAUUCGCCGGCUGCCACUAAUAAACGGCUAUACUCUCUUCUUUGUGAAUUUACCUAAAGUGACUAACAUUGAUCUUUGGGUGCUUCAAAUGCCAGUUCCUAGAUGCCAUAAGAUUCAUAUUGUUAGUUCGGCGGCUACAGAAGUAACACUACGUGGUCUUGAGAAUGUUGAUGCUAUUCAUCCGGGGAUAGUUCUGGAGGCAUCUUGGGAAACUAUUCUGCACCUGUGCAAACAUAACAGGUCUCCGAUUAAAGUUCAUACUCUCUUGGGUUUGGAUAUUUCUUAUGAAUCUGUCUAUCUGCUGCGGCAAACAUGCUGUCUCCAACCGCAUAAGUUGUGCGUCUUUGCUACUCUGGUUAUUUGCCAAAUCCUCCCUAAUAUGCCCUGUCGGACCAAAUCGGCUUAUAGCCUGCUCUACACCCGUAAAGCUAUUGCCAGGCAUGGAAUUUCGGCAAAAGAGCUUUGGGUCCAGUAUAAGGAUAAACGGGAUGACCUGUACAACUCGAUCAGUACACUUCGCUUUAUCGGAGCAAUAUCUCGUAUACCGAGUCAAGUUUGGUCACGCGACGUUAUAUGUUGUGGUAACAUUCUUAAUGAUCCCGAUUGGAUGCUUAGAAGACCUGUUUUGAUUGAGCUUUGCCAUAUUGAUUUUGAUUACUGGAUUACUAACCAUAAAAACUACUAUGGUGUGUCUUUCUGCCAAAACAUACGCUACACAAUUAUCGAGAUUAACGGAAGUCAGCUUCCUGGUCCUCUGGCCAUCCAAAGGUAUGCAGAAACCGUAUCUAUCUUUCGGAAUAUCACAGCUCAAGAACUUAGAAUCGUGAAUAUUGGUGACAAUAAUCCAAAUCAGGAAUCUAGUGAGUUUAAUACAGAUGCUCUGGAUACAGAAUGUAAUCGCCGGCCUAUGGCUAAACUUAAUCUUAAGGUGAACACCUUAGUGCUAGAUAAUAUUGAUCUACGUAUUCUUUAUUGGAUGCUAAGGGUUUACAACUUUAUCAACCCAAUUAAACUGUACAUUAUGAACCAGCGCUUCAAGAACAUGGCCAUUGUUCAACUUCUUGCCCAUCCUAUCGGCCAGAAGAUUGCCUUACUAGUAAUUAAUGGCUUCUCUGAGCUAGAUGAAAUCAAGUACUUCCACCAACGAGAGAAAAUCGAGGGCUUCUCCCUAUUCAGAUACAUAGAGAGAGAGAAUAAACUGGGCGUAUCUCCCCAGUAUCUUGGCCUGUCCAAACUGUCCCUACAGACAGGUGCUCUUAAUUACAGGGCAUAUGCUACAAUCCUGCGCUGGUUUUUGAACUAUGGCAUUAAGUCACAAUUUAUACUAUUCCAAACCUACAUCGCAAGAAAGCCCAAUACUAUCCCAAAUCUGAGGAAUAAUAAUGAGUUGACUCUUUACGAUAUCGACCUGGAUUCCUUAAAAUACGAUUUCAUCUCUUCUCAAACUACUAACCCAACCCGACCAACCCGGAAUUUAAACCCCUCCCGGCCAUUCCAAGGAUCUCAUUCCCCAAAAUACUCAGUGAAGAACCUGUUCUUACGUUUCCACAAGAACCAAUCACUAACUGAAGUCGACUUAGUGACUAUUAUUCACUGGGUUGCUAGCCAAUUUAAGGAUACAACUACUCUACACCUAGCAAAUGUCAAUGUAUCAGAAAGUGAAUGGACAGUAAUCACCUCACGUAAAUACUUUAUCAUUGAACUAGAUAGACUUAAGAGUAUUCAAAUUGACGGAUCAAUCCCAAAUAAUCCGAGCAGUCCAUCUACCAUGGUGCUACUUCAGUCGUUCCACCGCUGUUUAUUAAAGAACCUUCAUAAUCCUAAGGGCGAAUUUACUGCACUUGCAUCUACAAUGCUCUAUCGGCUGGCCAGACGCUCGGACUCAGUCGAGGGCAUCAUUCCAAAUUCCAUUAGCCCCAAGGCCUCUUUUCAAAACAUCACCAAGUAUAUCAAAGAAAACGGCACCGCCAUUAAAUGUUCGACCUGUCGUCGUGACCUUUAUGCACCACCAAAGGAAGCAGAAGAAGCGGAUGUGGACGACUCAACCGCCCCUACUCCGUUUUCUGCCUUCAACCCAGAUGACAAUUUCGCAGCUGCCUGUUAUUUUGAAUGUGGCCAUUUCGUCUGUAGUCUUUGUGUGAUCGGUUUUGUCAAACUCGAUACUUGCCCGAUAUGCCGAAGGACUAGAAUUAUUAAGAACUUCCAUCACUUAACAAGUAUUCCCGCAGCCAAUCUCCCCUUUGCAGAGAGCAUUGUUGCUGUUUCUAAGGCCAAGAUUGAAUGGGUCAAACGCCAGGCAUGGAAUGACGGCUACAUCUACUUUUACCAGGCCUAUGCCCAUUUAACCACUCUACUCGCCGACCUUCCAAAAGACACAAACCCAAACCCACCCCAAGCAAUCUACCUUAUUUGA